AUGUACUAUAUUCUCUACCUUGCAAGCCUCUGCCGCCGUCGUCGCUGGCCAGAACCCUCCUACGAAGCAUACACCUCACCAACGGGCUUCACCUGCGUCGUACGCGUUAACAACCGCGAGUACCAGACAGACGCAGUCUACGGCAGCGAAGAGCUAGCCCGAGAAAGUGCCGCCAUGCGCGCGUACCUGAUCUGCCGCAAUUUCUCCGUCAAUGACGGCAAGUACCCGGCCGGUACUAAUCAUGGCGGUAUCGUGCAGGGGAUCCCCAUUGCAAUCGGUACGGGACGCAAGUCUAGUCGAGACGAUGAUACAGAUACCUCGGUGAGCAGUAGUGGGGGUAGUUGGAGUGGUGGAAGUAGUCCGGAGCGAAUGGUCAUGCUUGAGCGUGGAGAGAGGGUUAUUGUUAGUGGGGUCCCUGGUUCGGCGAUGGAGUUGGCUUAUUCGAGGCAGGAGGCUUAG